AUGCCCACACAGUUUUUAAUGGAUUUUCUCGAUGGCAGGGCCGCAAUCGAAAACCUCGACCAUUUUAAUGCCUUCCUCAUUGUCAACCCAACUGUCCAAGGCGACCGUGUCCUUUACGCAUCUGAGAGCCUGUGGUCCACUGAAGAUUUCGAAAAUGAUGAAUUCUUCUUGCAUAAUAAACGCUCUGUGGACCAGACAACGGACAUCAUCACCGAGAUCACAGGCAAUGAGAAUGAGGGUGUACAUCUAAUGCUAUUUGGCGGGCUUGCUUCCAUAGGAGGACGCUCCGGCCUUGUUCUCGCAUCGCUCAUUGACGUAACCGAGUUUCUCGACGCUCUCACUAUUAGUGACCUUGAAAUUGAGAUGCUUAUACGGCAGAUAAAUUCUACCAAUUCUCAAGACAAAGGCCCAGCAACCAGCCUGGAAAAUCUGUCAGAAACCUCUGACGUCAUGCAGCAGCUGGUAAACCAUGUCGCUAAAAGUAUUCUGGCGCUUUACAAAGAUUACUUCAUCCUCUCCCAGUCUGCAAAGGCGCCGGGAUUUUACGAAAUGUCCCAUGUGUCGCCCAACAUAUACGUCGAUGGAGAAUACGUGACUGACCACUUGAACCAUACUCCGCGAGAGGCGAUAAGUCGAAUUGGUCGGUUGAUGGGACAAAGCAAACGGUUUUUUAUGGAAGUCAAAUGGGGCAGGCAUGGGGAAGCGAAGCGACUUUACUGCACCCCUAUGCUGUCAGGCAGUCGUCGGCUCUGGCUCUGCUUGCUGGUUGAUCCAGCCCAUCCAAUUCUCUGGAAGGAAGAGUAG